UGGCGGAGGCAGGCGCGAGCAGGAUGUGAGGCGCGCCGACGGGACUGAAGGCAGCUGGAGACCGAUUCCUGACGCACGUGACAUACCUGGAACACCUGAAAUUGUCACACUUGUGUAUCUGAGAGAGAGAGAGCGAGAGCGAGAGCGGGACCGCAGUAUUUGUGCGUGUGGCAUCGGAGCGCUUCAGUCUCAGCAGCUGCCUGGUGGUGGUGGCGGCUGGGUCACACCUGGACACCUAAUUUUAAUGGCUUUCAGAGACAAAAGUGACGGAACCGGAGUUUUGUCAAUAGAGGACGGCGGUUUUUAAAAAGUUUUUAUUAUUUUUCAUUUGCUUUUACUGGAAAAGAGCGCAAGCAGCCCGCACCUGCACGCUUUGCGGUGCUCUUCGAAACGCCGGCAAACUUUGCCAAGACCAGACGCAGACGCGGGAGCCGCACAGUUAGUUCAGCCUCACACGGGUUGUACUCGGUUUGUUUCCCGGCACCGGGGCCCCUUCGCUUCAGGUAGACAGUGACACGCAGGACUCAGGAGACACCCGCGGCGCCGCAGCAAACCGCUCUUCUCAUAAUGGAGGAAGCUGGAGGAGAGUCUGCUCCUCCGUGUCGGAGCGCCGGCGGAGCGCGGCAGGAGGACGGGGGGACGUCGGUCCCGAUGGAGACGGGUGUCGGGGAUGCUCAUGCUGCGGUGUCUCUCAGUCCCGGAGUUCCCAUCCGCGGAAUCAAGAUGAAAUUUGCCGUCCUUCGCGGUUUGGUGGAAGCUGGAGAAGUUCCUGACAAGGAUCUAGUGGAGACCGUCUUCAGUCUGUUGGUGGGUGGCCAGUUCGACCUGGAGGUGAACUUCAUCAUCCAGGAAGCGGAAAGCGUGGGCUGCAUGGUGGAGCUGCUGGACCAGUGCGAGGCCACAUGCCAAGUUGAGAUGUGGAGCAUCUUUGUAGCCAUCCUGAAGAAGAGUGCCCGCAACCUGCAGGCUUGCACUGAGGUGGGCCUCAUGGAGUUGGUGCUGGCACGAAUCCAUGAAGCUCACUGCACGGUUGCAGACUUGCUCAUAGAUGUCCUGGCGGUUUUGGCCCGCUAUAGCAUCACCGUCCGGCAGCUGAAGCUCUUGGUCAGCAAGCUGCAAGGAGAGAACGGAUGCUGGCCCCCUCAUGCUGUGAAGCUGCUGUCUGUCCUGAAGGCCGCACCCCACAGAGUCGGUCCUGACGCCUUUUUCAGUUUCCCGGGGAAGAGCGCAGCGGCUAUCGCUUUACCCCCCAUUGCCAAGUGGCCUUACCACAGCGGAUUCACCUUUCACACCUGGCUGCGCUUGGACCCCGUUAGCAGCGUCAGUGGAGAGGACAAGCCUUAUGUAUACUGUUUUCAUACCAGCAAAGGCCUUGGCUACUCGGCACAUUUUGUAGGGGGUUGUUUGAUCGUGACCUCGUUGAAGUCCAGGGGGAGGGGCUUCCAGCACUGCGUCAAGUACGACUUCAGACCGCAGCAGUGGUACAUGGUGACCAUAGUUCACGUCUACAAUCGCUGGAAGAACAGUGAGAUCAGCUGUUAUGUCAAUGGAGAGCUGGCAUCCUACGGGGAGAUCACCUGGCUGGUCAGCACCAGCGAUACGUUUGAUAAGUGCUUCUUGGGCUCCUGGGAGACGGUGGAUGCCAGCAGGGUAUUCUGUGGGCAGAUGGGAGCCGUGUACCUCUUCAGUGAGGCUCUCAGUGCGGCGCAGAUCCUGGCCGUUUACCACCUGGGUCCUGGAUAUAAGGGUACGUUCCGGCACCGGGCCGAGUGUGACCUCCUCUUCGCCGAGCAUCACCGAACGCUGCUGUACGACGGCAAGUUGUCCUCCUGCAUCGCCUUCACUUACAACCCGCGGGCCACCGAUGGGCAGCUGUGCCUCGAGUCCUCUCCCAGGGACAGCCCGUCCGUGUUUGUCCACUCGCCUCACGCCCUCAUGCUGCAGGACGUGCGGGACGUGUCGACCCACUCCGUGCAGAGCGCCAUCCACUCCAUGGGGGGCGUACAGGUGCUCUUCCCCCUGUUUGCACAGUUGGAUUACCUACAGCACAGCACUGAUGAGGUGGACACCUCCGUCUGCCACACACUGCUCUCCUUUCUGAUGGAGCUGCUCAGGAACUCUGUGUCUGUGCAGGAGCAGGUUCUGUCCUGCAAGGCCUUCCUGGUGAUCGGGUACAUCCUGGAGAAGUCCUCCAAGGUCCACAUGACCCUCUCAGUGUUGGACAUCUUCCUAGCGUUGGCACGCUACCUGAGCAGCGUGCCGCAUGGGGCCCCACUACUCAAGCAGCUAUGUGACUACAUCCUGUUCAACCCGGCCAUUUGGGUCCAUGCUGCGGCCAAGGUGCAGACCACCCUUUACACCUACCUGUGCACAGAGUUCAUCAGCACGGUGACUAUCUACAGCGCCAUCCGCAGAGUGAGCACAGUGUUGCAGGUCAUGCACACACUCAAAUACUACUACUGGGUGGUGAACCCACAGGAUCGCAGCGGCAUCACACCCAAAGGACAAGACGGGCCCAGGCCCAGCCAGAAGGAGAUGCUGUUGCUGCGGGCAUACCUGCUGCUCUUUGUCAAGCAGCUCAUCCUGAAGGACUCUGGGGUGAAAGAAGAUGAACUGCAGAGUAUUCUCAACUACCUUCUAACAAUGCAUGAGGAUGACAACCUAAUGGAUGUCCUGCAGCUUCUUGUGGCCCUCAUCGCAGAGCACCCAAGCUCCAUGGUCCCGGCUUUUGAUCAGCGCAACGGCAUACGCAUCGUCUACAAACUGCUUGCCUCAGAGAGCGAAGGGAUUCGAGUUCAAGCUAUCAAAGUGCUCGGCUACUUUCUGACGAGUUUGGCUCCUAAGAGGAAGGCAGACGUCAUGGUGGGACACAGCCUCUUCUCCCUGCUAUCGGAGCGUCUCCUGCUGCAGACAGGCCGCUUCACCAUGAGCACCUACAACGUGCUCUUUGAGAUCCUCACGGAGCAGAUCCACACACAGGUGGUGCACAGACAGCAUCCAGAGCCCGACUCCAGCGUGAAGAUCCUCAAUCCACAGAUCCUCAAAGUGAUCGCCGUCCUGCUGAAGAACUCGCCACAGAGCCCCAGCAGCAUGGAGCUCCGGCGUAUUUUCCUCUCCGACAUGAUCAGACUGUUCAACAACAGCCGAGAGAACAGGAGGAGCGUUCUCCAGUGCUCUGUGUGGCAGGAAUGGAUGCUGUCCCUCUGCUACAUGCACCCCAACACGAGCGAGGAGCACAAGAUCACAGAGAUGGUGUUUGCUGUGUUCCGCAUCCUGCUCUACCACGCCAUCAAGUAUGAGCGCGGUGGCUGGCGCGUAUGGGUGGACACGCUCUCCAUCGCACACUCUAAGCACAAAGAGAAUGAGGCAAAUUUGCUUACUGAGAAGUUGCAGCAGGAUCUGGCUGAAGGUGGACCUGACCAAACCAGAACCGACAUCAGCAGCCACGCAGAUACCCCGGUUUUCUCCAGUGGUCCGCAGGAAGUCACGGCUCUGCCAUGUGCCGCUGGGCCAGAAGGGACCCAAGCUGUAACGGUGCAGGUGGCUGUGGCUACAGUCCCACGGUCAGAACCUUUCUGCGUGGAAGGGGGCCCAGGCCCCAGUGGAGCAGCAGAGAGGAGCCCAACUUUAACAGAGAGGUCAAAGCGACCAGCUGUGGACGCUGGUGGAGGUGGGUUUGCAGAAAGCUCUGCUGGGACCAUGGCUUUAGAGACAGGUAGAGAUGAUGCACAAGCUGCAGUCCAAGGGCUGGAUGUACUGGUUGAUGGCAGCAGUGAAGCUGUUAACCCUGUGGCAUCAGAUGUUGUAUUGAAUGGAGAACCUGAAGUUGUUCCAGCUCAGAACACUGAGGAGAAGGCAGCAGCUGUGGAUGUCUGUGAUGAGCAGGCCUCUUCUGAGCGCUGUGGCAUCCCGAAAGGUCCCAGCUCAAGAGUUUCUGUCUCCAGUGAACAUCUCUCGGACGUCAACUCUCAGGGCAGAGUCAGCCAUGACAGUUUGGAUUCCAAGGCAAACACAGCAGAGAAAGAGGGAGGAGAUGAGAUGAAAGAUGUUAUCUCACAAAAGCUUGCCAAAGAGGAGCGGCGGGAGAGCGGUGACACCUUUGACAUUCAGAAGAGUGUUGUUGAGAAGGUGGAGCCAGGGAAUAGCAAUGGAGUUUGUCCUAGUAAGGAGCCUGCCAAAGUGAAGGAAAUGAAGAUCACCAGACUCGACGUAUCCAGCGUGUUGUCGGACACAGAGAGGCUGCAGCCGAGGGAACAGCUGUCACUGGGUCAGACAGCAGCUGCCCUAGAGGCAUCUGGACAAGCUGUGCAGGGCUCCUCUUCCGGAAGAGCCGCCAUAUUUCAUAGCUCAGAGUUCCAGUGGUCCCACCUACACCAACGUCUCCUGGGAGACGUGCUGUUUUCCAUUGAGACAGACGUGCAGAUGUGGAGGAGCCACUCCAACAGGACGCUGAUGGACUUUGUGAGCAGCAGUGACAACGCUGUGUACGUGCACAACACGGUGCAUCUGCUGUCGCACAUGCUGGACAACGUCAUCACGGCCUGCGGGGGCAUCCUUCCUCUGCUGUCGGCCGCCACCUCCUCCUCUCACGAGCUGGAGAAUAUGGAGCCGUCGCAAGGCCUGUCUCCAGCCGCCGCCUCAUCCUUCCUGCAGCGUGUCAUGGCCUUGGCUGACGUGCUCCUCUUGAGCAACACGCUGAGCUUCGUCGAGGUGGAGGCUGAGAAGAAUAUGGGCUCGGGGGGUAUCCUGAGACAGUGUCUCCGACUGGUGUGUGCCGUGGCUGUAUGCAGCUGUCUGGAACAACAGCGACACUCCUACAAUAAGUGCAACACUGAGUCGGCCUCGGGGCACGGGGCUCUGCAGAGCAUCACCGGACCUUCCACACUGGCUCCCUCACAGGAUCCUGUGGACAUCUUUACUAGUGGAGUGUCUCUGGUCAGAGAGAUGGACAGCCUGUUGCAAGAUGUGGACAUACACCGCCUGCGAGCCGCUGUCUUCAAAGACAUUGAGAACAGUAAGCAGGCCCACCACAUGGCCCUGGCUGUCAUCUACUUCAUCUCUGUGCUCAUGGUGUCCAAGUACCGCGACAUCCUGGAGCCCCACCGAGAGAGGGAGCUGCUCCAGCGCAGUCAGUCCACGGAGAGCAGAGGUGUGGGCAGGCCUUCCAGCAAGGACAGCAGUCAGGAGGAGCUGGGGCCACACCACAGACAGUCUCUCAGAAGAAGUGACUCUGGUGUGGCGUCUUUAGGAGCCACAAGCCCCUCAGGGCCAGACGCCACCAAUGAGGUGCUGCCGGCUCUUUCCUCAGAGGUCAACCAAAGCCAAGAGUCUUUUCCUUCCCCAGCCCCGUCCCCGUUGCACAGCACCAAGUUCACAAACGUGAAGGAAAUCCUUCGCAGUCUCGUAAGCUCGCCAGCUGAGGACAUCCUGGUGGACCCCAGGCUCCUUCCCCCUGCAUUCCUGGGAGAUGCCGGAGACGUGGUAGUGGAGCCAGCAGUACAGUUCCGCUCUUUUGACAGGAGUGUACUUGUGGCACCCAAGAAGGCAGCAGGGGGUCCACUUCAGGGCGUGGGCCCCACCCCAUCCACUACCAGCUCCUCUCCGGGAGGUUCUCCCAUCACUAGUGUCGCUGUGGUGAUGGCCGCCAGUGCACCCCACUGCACCAACACAGAGCCUGUCGCUGGGGGUGAGCCUGCGAGCCCCACCCUGCCGCCUGCCCCCACAGUUUGUCCGACAUCCCAGGACCCCGCAUCCAGCAUGAGCAUCUCGGAGAAGCUCGAGCAGGCCCUGGAGGGAGCUGCCGCUCUACUCCGGGACAUCUUUGUGGACUUUGCCCCGUUCCUUUCGCGCACCCUCCUGGGCAGCCAUGGGCAGGAGCUGCUCGCCGAAGGCACCGGCUUGCUGUGUAUGAAGUCCAGCGGCUCAGUGGUAGAACUGGUCAUGCUGCUGUGCUCACAGGAAUGGCAGUGCUCCAUCCAGAAGAAUGCCGGUGUGGCCUUUAUUGACCUUGUCAACGAGGGGAGGCUACUGAGCCGCGCCAUGAAGGAACACCUGGUGCGCGUGGCCAACGAGGCCAAGUUCAUCCUCAGCCGACAACAUAAUGAUGAUGUCCACAAGCACGCUGAGUUCGAGUCGCAGUGUGCCCAAUACGCGGCAGAGAGGCGCGGCGAGGAGAAGCUCUGUGACAACCUGAUCCGAGCCGCCAGGUACAGGGACCACGUGAUGGCCACGCAGCUCAUCGGCAAGAUCCUCCACAUCCUGACAGACAAGCAUGGCGCCUGGGGCAGCUCGGCACUGAGCCGGCCCCGCCACUUCUGGCGCCUGGACAGCUGGGAGGAUGACCUGCGACGGCGGCGCCGCUUCGUACGCAAUCCCUUCGGAUCCUCCCACCCCGAGGCCACGCUGAAGGCGGCCAGGGAAAACGUGCUUGGAACUCUGGGCCCUGAGGAGGAUGUCCUCAGAGGACAGCGGUCCAUCAAGAAGCCAAGUGUGGGAAAUGCAACUUGGGAGAGUGAACUGUUGGUGGACGGCGAUGACGAGGCCCUGUCCUCCUUGGAGGACAAAGAUGUGGAGAGUCCAGCAGGUAAUAGGACAGGCGCUGUGAUCCUGAGCACGGACGCGCACUUGGUCGCCCCGGCAGCCACGCUUAGGGGAACGCUGUCCAUCAGCGCCUCGGAGCUCUACUUCGAGGUGGACGAGGAGGACCCGGCCUUCAGGAGGACCGACCCGCAGGUCCUGGCCUACACCGAGGGCCUGCAUGGGAAGUGGCUCUUCACCGAAAUUCGAGCCAUCUUCUCGAGACGGUACCUGCUGCAGAACACGGCCCUGGAGAUCUUCUUGGCCAACAGGACAGCGGUCAUGUUCAACUUCGCUGACCAGACCACGGUGAAGAAGGUGGUGCAGCGUCUGCCGUGUGUCGGUGUGGGCACCAGCUACGGGCUCCCACAGUCCAGGCGCGUCUCACUGGCCAGGCCCAAGCAGCUGUUCAAGGAGUCCAACAUGACUGAGAGAUGGCAGCGCCGGGACAUCUCCAACUUCGAGUACCUCAUGUUCCUUAACACCAUCUCAGGGCGAACAUACUGUGAUUUAAGUCAGUAUCCAGUUUUCCCCUGGGUCAUAAGCAAUUACGAAAGCGAAGAGCUGGACUUGACAUCACCCAGUAACUUCAGAGACCUGUCCAAGCCUGUAGGUGUUCUCAACCCCCGGCGGGCCGCCUACUUCUCCGAGCGCUACGACUCCUGGGAGGACAAGGAGGUGCCCAAGUUCCACUACGGCACCCACUACUCCACUUCUGGCUUCACCCAGAUGUGGCUGCUCCGUGUGGAGCCCUUUGCCACCUUCUUUCUGAACUUCCAGGGAGGGAAGUUUGACCAUGCCGACCGGACAUUCUCCUCCAUGUCCCGGGCCUGGAGAAACUGCCAGGAGGACACGUGCGACGUGAAGGAACUGAUUCCUGAGUUUUACUACCUCCCAGAGAUGUUUGUCAACUCCAACGACUUCAACUUGGGUGUGAUGGAUGACGGCACGGUGGUGUCCGACGUGGAACUGCCACCAUGGGCCAGCACCCCAGAAGAAUUUGUGCGCAUCAGCCGGAUGGCGCUGGAGAGCGAGAUAGUGUCCAGCCAGCUGCACCUCUGGAUCGACCUCAUCUUUGGCUAUAGGCAGCAGGGUCCUGAGGCCGUCAAGGCCCUCAAUGUCUUCUACUACCUGACGUAUGAGGGUGCAGUGGACCUCGGAUCCAUCGGUGACCCCAAGCUCAGAGAGGCGGUGGAGGCCCAGAUCCGGAGCUUUGGACAGACGCCCUGCCAGCUGCUGCAGGAUCCCCAUCCGGCAAGGAGCCCCGCCACUCAGAGGACGCCGUUGGAGUUCCUCGAGCACCCGCAGCAGGACGUCCUCAUGGUGCUCAAGUUCCCAUCCAACUCCCCGGUGGUGCACGUGGCGGCGAGCACGCAGCCGGGGCCGAGCGGGGCCGCCGUCAUCACCGUCACCGCCAGCCGACUCUUCGCUGUCAACAAGUGGCACGGCCUGGCGGUCCACCAGGGCUCAUCGGUCCCGGAGCAGCAGUACCAGCUGCCUGUAGAAAUGGACCCUCUGAUAGCCAGCCACACAGGGACCCCCCGCAGGCAGAUCACAGACCUGCUGGACCAGAGCGUCCAGAUGCACACCCAGUGCUUCGUCGUCACCGCCGACCACCGCUUCCUCCUGGCCUGCGGUUUCUGGGACGACAGUUUCCGCGUGUACGCCGUCGACUCAGGAAAGCUCACCCAGGUGGUUUUUGGCCAUCGGGACGUGGUGACCUGCCUGGCACGCUCCGAGUCCUACGCAGGGGGUCACUGCUACGUCCUGUCAGGCUCUCGGGACGCCACGCUGCUGCUCUGGUACUGGAACGGGCGCAACUGCAGCAUCGGCGAGGGCAACGCCCAGUUUGUGACACCCAGAGCUGUCAUGACGGGCCACGACCGCGAGGUGACCUGUGCCAGCGUGUGCGCGGAGCUGGGCCUGGUUGUCAGCGGGUGUGAGGAGGGACCCUUUCUGAUCCACUCCAUGACCGGGGAGCUGCUACGCGCCCUCGAGGGCCCAGCCGGCUGCCUGAGGCCCCGCUUAGUGCAGACCUCCAGCGAGGGCCACUGCGUGGUGCACUAUGAUGGGGGUCACUUCUGCACCUUCGACAUCAACGGCAAGCUGCUGGCACACGGCACCAUGGAGGAGAGUAUCAGGACAAUGCUGCUGAGUCGAGAUGGACAGCAUUUGGUGUCGGGAGGUGACAGAGGGGUGCUGACCGUGUGGCGGACCCACGACCUCAAGCAGCUCUUCGCCUACCCGGGCUGUGAUGCCGGCAUCCGCUCCAUGGCUCUUUCACACGACCAAAGGUGCGUCAUCGCUGGCAUGGCAUCAGGCAGCAUCGUGCUCUUCUACAAUGACUUCAGCAGGUGGCGCUACGACCACCAGUUCAAGUACUGCAGCUAAGACCGCGGGCGGAGGCGAGGAGGAUGCCCUUGUGCGCCCUGCCCAUCAUCAAGGCAACGCUGUAAUGCACACGUAAUGCUGUCACACAGAGGCAGCUAUUGUCGAUUGGUCAUUUUGUGGCUCUUACCGAUUUUCGUAUGGCCAUCAUGGUAUGACUGAAGGAGGGGAUCUAUUUUUAGCUUUAAAAAGUAUAUUUUCAUUUCUGCAGAAAGGUAAUGAGGUUUUAGUAAACUGUGUAUUUUGGGAAUGUGGUUUUAACAUCUGCAACAAGGGAAACUGCUCAAGGUCUCUCAUGAUUUCCUUGUGUCCUCUGCUCCUGUGAAUUACUACUGAAGCAGCUCUACUGUACUCUAAUUCUUUUAUCAUGUCCAUGAGUAGCACAGCAAGUGGCAAAUAAUCCAUUGUAAUCACACUGUAUGUGUCUCUUCAGAUCUAAUCUGUUUUUUUUUUUUUUUUUUUUAUUAAAUAAAAAUCUAUCCAUUUCUGAGUGUAAUCCAAACUCCGCAGGUCCAACAUGAGCUGUCACACGGCAGCAUGUUAAGAAAACCUGUUCUGGAGACAAAUCAAGGACUUCCUUGUGCACCCUUUCAGAUUCCAUUGACCGCAUGUGGUGUAACUCAUGUGGAAUAUACAUAUAUAUAUAUUAAAAAAAAAAACUACUAGAGGAAUUCUAUAAGCACAAGUAUGCAAGAGCUCACGCUCUAAAUGUUUGUCUGCGUUUUUAACACCAGUGUCGUAAGUGAGUGAGUGAGAGCAAUGCCUCGACUGCUGUGUCACUUGGACAUUUGAUGAGUGUCAUUCUGGAGUGUGAAGGAUGACAGCGUAAACUUCAGUGAUGUGGUGAGCGUCAACACGUGCGUGUAAGGAAAUCACACAGCCUCCACAGAUGGGCCCCGCAACACAGAGCAUUUUGAGGAAUGCAGCACCUCUUAGUGCCCUGAGGUGUACGUGUUCUGCACGGUUGGGUCAUUCGGAAGAGCUGAAGAAGUGAAAGAAAAGUGACGAAAGAGAGUGCAGCUGUAAAUGUGGAAUCGUUUGCACAUCGGUCACACAUUGACACUUUUCGUGAACAAGUUCUGUAUCUUCUGUCCUUAUUUUCGGCGUGAUGUCAGAACAAAUCUGCCUUUACGUUCUGUUUUUUUCAAAUAUCGGUAGAGUUGAUUGUGUCUUUCCGUGGGACGUGGUAUGAGUUGAGUUCCAUCGUCUUUUUCUGGCUCAUGAUGCACAUGCUCCUUUGUUGUCCUGUCAAUCAGAUGUAAACCAAAAGGUGCUUUUUUUAAUGGAUAAAGUAGAGGAUCCAAGAGGAGACGAAGAAAAAGCGAAGCUGGUGAACGGGUGACAUUAGAACACCGUUAUGUGCACUGCGUGACGCUUAUAAAUAUUCUUUACGCCUUUGUUUACUUCUGUUUUCUUUAUCACCCUUGCAUAUCACUGCUUGUCAUGGUCUUUGAGCACAACCAUCUAAAUGCAUCUUACCUCAGAUAUACCAUAGAGUUACUGUAUUUUUACUUGUCACUCAAUAUUUUACUGCUAAGUGAUGUACUGUUAGGUUUUAUAUUUGGAAACGUGACACAAUAAAGCUCUCUUUUUACCUUCAGAAACUGAUGUUUUUCCUG